AUGAGGGUCAUAGUGUGGCGCUGCUGGAGCCCACUGCCGGCCUACGGUGCUAGCGCCGUGAGGUCAACUCCGCAAUGGCGAGCGCUGGCCAGGCUCGACGGAGAGAAGAGCCUAAGCGCUCGAGUCCGCAAGAAGCCCCCUUGGCGGGUGCUCUUCUUCGGCACUGACGAGUUCGCCCGCGAGGCACUGCGGGCGCUGCAUGCCGCCAGGGAAAACAAAGAGGAAGACUUAAUAGAAAAAUUGGAGGUAGUCACAGUGCCCUCCCCAUCACCAAAAGGACUGCCGGUGAAACGUUACGCUGUGCAGUCCCAGCUUCCAGUGUAUGAGUGGCCGGAUGUGGGAUCUGGAGAAUAUGAUGUUGGAGUAGUGGCUUCCUUUGGCCGACUUUUGAGUGAGGCCCUUAUUCUUAAAUUUCCCUAUGGCAUAUUGAAUGUCCAUCCCAGUUGCCUCCCGAGGUGGCGUGGUCCAGCCCCUAUAAUCCAUACAGUGCUCCAUGGAGACACAGUUACUGGAGUAACAAUUAUGCAAAUUAGACCUAAAAGGUUUGAUGUAGGCCCAAUUGUCAAACAGGAAACUGUUCCUGUGCCACCCAAGAGCACCGCAAAGGAAUUGGAAGCAGUGUUAUCAAGACUGGGUGCCAACAUGCUUAUUUCAGUUUUGAAAAAUUUGCCUGAAAGUUUGAACAGUGGAAAGCAGCAGCCCACUGAGGGGGUAACAUAUGCCCCUAAGAUUUCUGCUGGUACCAGCUGUAUAAAAUGGGAGGAACAAACUUCAGAGCAAAUAUUCAGACUUUAUCGUGCCAUUGGAAAUAUAAUUCCAUUGCAGACACUCUGGAUGGAUAAUACCAUUAAACUUCUUGAUGUGGUAGAAGUUAACAGUUCCAUCCUUGCUGGUCCAAAAUUAACAGGACACAAUGUUAUUCCAGGAUCACUAAUAUACCACAAACAGUCACAGACAUUGCUGGUUUGUUGCAAGGAUGGCUGGAUUGGUGUUCGAUCGUUGAUGCUCAAGAAAACACUAACAGCUACUGAUUUCUACAAUGGAUAUUUGCAUCCCUGGUACCAAAAAAAUUCUCAAGCUCAACUAAGCCAAUGCAGAUUUCAGACUCUCAGACUGCCAACAAAGCAGCAGCAGGAAAAAAAAACAAAAAACUGUUGCUAUGCAACAGUGCAUUAA